GCAGGGGGACAGAAGCUUGCAGCAUUGAACCUAACCGGAUUGAAGCCCGUGAUGUCCGGAACCAAACUGGAGGAAUCCCCUCCUUGUCUCAACUGGUCAUCUGCUUUGGAGCUGAAUGAAACUCAAGAGCCCUUUUUAAACCCCACCGAUUAUGACGACGAGGAAUUCCUGCGUUACCUGUGGAGGGAAUACCUCCAUCCGAAAGAAUACGAGUGGAUCCUGAUCGCUGGCUACAUUAUUGUGUUCGUGGUGGCUCUCAUUGGGAACGUCCUGGUUUGUGUGGCAGUGUGGAAGAACCACCACAUGAGAACAGUAACCAACUACUUCAUAGUCAACCUUUCUCUGGCUGAUGUGCUUGUGACCAUUACCUGCCUUCCAGCCACACUGGUUGUGGACAUUACAGAGACCUGGUUCUUUGGACAGUCCCUCUGCAAAGUGAUUCCUUAUUUACAGACUGUGUCAGUGUCAGUAUCUGUCCUCACCCUGAGCUGCAUUGCUUUGGAUAGAUGGUAUGCAAUCUGCCAUCCUUUGAUGUUUAAGAGCACAGCUAAGAGGGCCCGGAACAGCAUAGUCAUUAUCUGGAUUGUCUCCUGCAUUAUAAUGAUUCCUCAGGCCAUUGUUAUGGAGUGCAGCACAAUGCUCCCAGGCUUAGCUAAUAAAACUACUCUGUUUACUGUGUGUGAUGAACAUUGGGAUGGUGAAAUUUAUCCAAAGAUGUAUCACAUCUGUUUCUUUCUGGUGACAUACAUGGCACCACUGUGUCUUAUGAUAUUGGCAUAUCUACAAAUAUUUCGUAAAUUAUGGUGCAGGCAGAUCCCGGGAACAUCUUCUGUGGUUCAGAGGAAAUGGAAGCCCCUACAACCCAUUUCACAGGCUCGAGGUCCAGGGCAGCAGACCAAGUCCAAGAUUAGUGCUGUGGCUGCUGAAAUAAAACAGAUACGAGCCAGAAGGAAAACAGCCCGGAUGCUGAUGGUUGUGCUUUUGGUGUUUGCAAUUUGCUAUCUGCCAAUUAGCAUCCUCAAUGUGCUAAAGAGGGUAUUUGGGAUGUUUACUCACACGGAAGACAGAGAGACUGUAUAUGCUUGGUUCACAUUUUCACAUUGGCUUGUAUAUGCCAAUAGUGCUGCAAACCCAAUUAUUUAUAAUUUUCUCAGUGGAAAAUUUCGAGAAGAAUUUAAAGCUGCCUUCUCUUGUUGUUGCCUUGGAGUUCACCACCGCCAGGAGAAUCGACUCAACAGAGGAAGAACAAGCACAGAGAGUAGGAAAUCUCUUACUACCCAGAUCAGCAACCUUGAUAACAUACCAAAACUCUCUGAGCAAGUUGUGCUCACCAGUAUAAGCACACUUCCAGCUGCUAAUGGAGCAGGACCCCUUCAAAACUGGUAGAAUAUUUAUUCAUAUGGCAAGAAAACCUGAGUUAAAUAUUCUUUCUUUUAU